CUUUGUUGUUUCUGUUUUCUAGAAUGUAUUUGGUGGAUGCAGUGUAAAUGUAGUUUGGAAUUUUGGAUUGAAAUUGAUUUAAAUAGUUUUAAGUUUGAAAUUAGAAAAUCACAUUUUUUUCUGUACUGAGAAAAUUCUUCGAUUCUCUGUACUUUUCACGGUUUUUCCCAAAUUCUAGGUUAGGUUUUCCACGGCGGUACCAAUUCAACAAAGCUGCAGGAAUCUCCAAUUUUUCUUGAUUGGCGGCAGCUACUAGUCUUAUUCUCAAGAUACAUAUAUGCGGAGAGCCAGCGAUGCUAGCCUGCAGUUCUAUCUUCAGUUGCUUUUGGCAGAGGAAACUUUCCUGCUAUUAACGGUGCGAGGUUUGACAUUUCGUGCUGCUCACAGAUAUUUAAAUAUCCCCGUGGUUUGAGCUACCGAUUGAUAAUGGAUAGAAGCGGAAAGAAAAUUGAUUUCUGUGGAAAAAUGCAAAGAACCGCAAAGCAAGUAUGGAAGGCAGUAUCAACUCAAGCUUCUUUAAACAGUGAAGGUGAUAAUAGAACCACGGAUCGACAAAACCGACCUGGAGAGGUGCAUGAAGCCGUUUCUUCAAAUGUUUCGACAUCCACAGGCGGAGGCAACCGACCUGAAGUUUUGAUUGAGAAAGCUAGCGGCAGAGCUACAUCGUCAUAUGCAAAGGCGGCUAAAAGUCGAGAAGACUUCUCUCACUUUGUUUCACUCCCUUUAGCUUUUCAUUCUGGACUGCUUGACAAACUCGUCAGUUUUCAGAAUGAAAUCCUCGGCAUCGAAGGAUUAGAUGAAAAUUCGGGGGUUGAAAAGUCCGUAUUUAUCAACCCAAAAACUUUGCACCUAACCGUAUUGAUGCUGAAGUUGUGGGAUAAGGAACGGGUUAAAACAGCUGCGGAAGUUCUACAGAAUGUUUCGUCGAAGGUUAUUGAAGCUUUAGAGAAUCGACCUGUUUCCAUCAAACUUAAGGGCCUGGAAUGCAUGAAAGGUUCUGUGACCAAGGCUCGUGUUGUUUAUGCUCCCGUAGAAGAAGUUGGUGGCAAGGGACGUCUCUUGCGUGCUUGUGAUGUCAUCAUUAAAGCAUUUGUCGAAGCUGGCUUGGUCGAAGAAAGUGAUGCCCAACAAAAGCUGAAGUUGCAUGCGACACUUAUGAAUGGGCGCUUCCGGAAAAGAGCAAGAGGGAAGAGAUGGGUCGACUCUUUCGACGCCAGAGGCAUUUUUGAACGACACGGUUCUUACGAAUGGGGUGAGUAUGUUAUUCGAGAAGCUCAUCUUUCUCAGCGGUUCGUCUACGAUGAGAAUGGCUAUUACCACCGUUGUUCUAUGAUUCCUUUUUCGAAUUGAUCAACCUGGAGAGGUUGCUGAGAGUUCUUGUACCGUUAAUAUUGAUAGAUUACGAUAAUCGGUAUAUCGGUGUAUCGAAAAAUUAGUAUCAGUCAGAAUGAUGUAGCUGUUCUUAUAUGCUUGUGGAUAAUGAUGCAAAAUUGGUUUUUGUUUUGGAAUUUGAUUUUUAAUACUAAAAAUUUUGAAUUAGAGCAAUUGUUUGAUGCAAUGCUAGUA